AAUCGCACUGUGUUUAUGUCAAGACUUCCCAGACUCAAUGAACAGAACACCAAAAGUUUUCCCACUACAUUGUUUGAAGAAAAGUGGGUAACAGUGUUAAAAUGCCCUUCUUUGUUCUCUAGGGUGUCUGUCAGCAGAGCUAUAAAACCCUUUGCAGAGCCAGGACGCCCACCUGAUUGGUUUUCUCAGAAGCAUUGUGCAUCACAAUAUUCUGAGCUUCUGGAGACAACGGAAACCCCCAAAAGAAAGCGUGGUGAGAAAGGUGAAGUGGUAGAAACAGUAGAAGAUGUUAUUGUGAGGAAACUGACAGCAGAACGGGUAGAGGAGCUAAAGAAGAUGAUUAAGGAGACCCAGGAGAAAUACAGGCAACUGAAGAGGGAUGCAGAACUGAUUCAGGCUGGGCAUAUGGACCACAAGCUGGAGGAACUAUAUAAUGACAUUGUGGUGAAGAAAAAAAUGGAAGAAGAAGAGGCAGAAGUGAAGAGGAAAGCUACAGAUGCUGCUUAUCAAGCUCGUCAAGCAGUUAAGAACCCAUCACGAAGAGUGUCAGGAAUGAUGGUUCGCUCUCCAGCAGGCUCAACUUCACCAGGAGCAGACUACAGUCUGGGGGACUUGUCCCAAGCUAGUGUGGAAGAGGCUAGUCCCGGGGUAACUCCAGGGACAUUGCCCAGCACCCCAGUUGCCUCCUUCAUUGGGAUCCCUGACACCCCUAUGGGCUCCACCUCCUUGGAUGCCCCCAUGACCCCAGUCACAGAUGAUUCAGCCCAGAAAAAGAUGCUAGGACAGAAAGCAACUCCGCCUCCUUCUCCUCUGCUUUCAGAGCUGCUGAAGAAGGGCAGCCUCCUGCCCACGAGCCCCAGGCUGGUGGGUGAGAGUGAUAUGUCGGUUGUUUCUGGUCACACAAGCAGCUCUGGUAUCCUCCUAGAUGUUGGAGGUGUUAUUCCAGUUUUGCAUGGUGGAGAGAUACAGUCAGCUUCUACUGUUCCUGCAUCCCCUGCUGCUUCAGGUGCUCCUACUCUUUCCCGCCUUUUAGAAGCUGGUCCAACACAAUUCACCACAACGCUUGCUUCCUUUUCUGCUGUUGCCAGUGAACCUCCAGCCAAACUCCUGCCUCCCCCUGUAGAGUCCGUGUCUCAGGCAACUCUAGUCAUGGUCCCUACGCUACAAGCACCAGCUGCUGUGCCACCUGCUGCAACUCCAGAAAGUGUAGCAACAGUGAAUCAACCCAGCACCUGUGUUUCCAUGGAGCCAGUUCCUGAUCCUCACACUGUGACAGUGUCAAUGGAUAGCAGUGAAAUUUCCAUGAUCAUUGAUUCCAUCAAGAAAGACUGUCUGGGCUCUGGGGCAUCUGGUGCUGUAGGUACCUCCAAAGACCACAGCAUGGAUGGAAAAGAAGACCUGGAUCUAGCUGAGAAGAUGGAUGUUGCAGUUUCCUAUACAGGGGAAGAGCCUUCCUACACGGGGGAAGAACUGGACUUUGAGACAGUUGGGGACAUCAUAGCCAUCAUUGAAGACAAGGUGGAUGACCAUCCUGAAGUCCUGGAUGUAGCAGCAGUUGAGGCAGCUUUGUCUUUCUGUGAAGAGAUUGAGGAUCCUCAGUCACUGACUGGACCCUGGGAGCAUCCACUCCAACCCGAACAUGAGAAACAGAGCCAGAUCCCCCCGAUGCCUGUGACGGUAAAGCAGGAGAGACCAGACUGUGAGGAACCAGAGGCCAAAGGCAUCCGAGACCUGAUGAGCAUAGGGGAUCUGGGAGUGGAAAUAAAAAAUGAGCCUACUGAGCAGGGGCACAUUCAUUUGAGCUCUGAGGAAGCUUCUGCAGCCAGAUCAAGUGAAGCCUCUGAGUUGAGGGGACAAAUCUCAGAUGAAGAGACUGCAGUUGCUGGUCUAGAGGGCUCUGAAAUGGAGAUGGAAGCAUCAAAGGAUGAAAUGGAUCAUGGUACAGUGAAGACAGAGCUCCCUGCUGAUGAUGAGACUUCUUCUCCACAUGCUCCAAGUGCAAAUGAAGACUCCUCACAGGCAGACCUUCAUCACAAAUAUGAACUUUCAGAAUCAAUGAAGGAAGAAGCCCAAGCUCUGUUUGAGAACCAAUUAAAGGGUGAAGAGGAUGAGGAGGAUGGUGCCAGCGAGGCUGCCAGUUUGGAGGAGCCCAAAGAGGAAGAUCAGGGUGAGGAGUAUCUCUCAGAGAUGGACAAUGAGCCUCCUGUGAGUGAGAGCGAUGAUGGCUUCAGUAUCCAUAAUGCACCUUUGCAGUCUCACACGCUGGCUGAUUCCAUCCCCAGCAGCCCUGCCUCCUCACAGUUCUCUGUUUGCAGUGAGGAUCAGGAAGCCAUUCAGGCCCAGAAGAUUUGGAAAAAGGCUAUUAUGUUGGUUUGGAGAGCAGCUGCUAACCACAGGUAUGCCAAUGUCUUUUUGCAGCCUGUCACUGAUGAUAUUGCUCCAGGUUACCACAGUAUUGUACAGAGACCAAUGGACUUAUCAACUAUUAAAAAAAAUAUUGAGAAUGGACUGAUCCGGACCACAGCAGAAUUCCAGCGAGAUAUCAUGCUGAUGUUCCAGAAUGCUGUCAUGUACAACAGCUCAGACCAUGAUGUGUACCACAUGGCUGUGGAAAUGCAGCGAGAUGUCUUGGAGCAGAUCCAGCAAUUUCUAGCCACACAGUUGAUCAUGCAAACAUCUGAAUCUGGUAUUAGUGCAAAAAGCCUACGUGGACGGGAUUCCACACGGAAACAAGAUGCUUCAGAGAAGGACAGCGUCCCUAUGGGCUCCCCUGCAUUUCUCCUUUCUCUCUUCAUGGGUCAUGUGUGGACUUGGCUAGAGUCCAAAGAAGAAUUCUUCACUGAUUCAGAAGAAAGCAGCAAUUGCCAGUCCUUUUGCGGUUCUCUGGACUCUAGUCUGGAUCUUGAACUGGAAUUGAGGAGUUGGAGAGAAACUGGAGAAACUACUCAGGAGGACUCAGAGGAAAGCAACAGCCAAGAAGAAUCAGAAAUGGAUGAUUCUGAAGCAUGUGAAAAAGCCAGUGCCAAGGAGCAAGAAGAGGAGAGAACGUACAAGCAGGAAGCUGUCUUGCGGUUCUUAUCAGAGGUGACACAUUUGAUGGAGCCACUGUGCAUUGGUGACACAAAUCUGGUACAAGGUCCUCAAGCUCUUGGUGCUACUGGGGAGGAGAAUGGAAAUGGAGCCCUGAUUCAGAAAGAAGACUCAAAUAAAUCUCUAGUCCAUACAGAGGAAGAAGUGGAGGAAGAAAGUCAGCCCCAGAUAUUUAAAAAACAAUUCAGAGAAAAUAUAGCUCCCCAGAGAAAGGGAAAUUGCCCAUUUCAAGUCUCAAACAGUCUUCCACUUAUCAGCUGGCAAGCAGACAGAAUGGAAGAACAUAAGGACUUCUAUGAGCAGCCAAAAAACUCUCAGAUUCAGAAUAGCAAGUUUGAUGAGAAUUUAGGAAAGACGGUACUACAUAUCCUGGAAGAAGGUGUAGAAGAAAUGGAAGAUGAGCAUUCUUAUUCAGAGAAUAUGACUCAGACUUCCUGUAACUGGAGACCACUGAAGGAAGAAAUUCCACCAACUGUAAAGGAGGAAGCAGCUGUGGAAAACAGUGAAGAGCAAGUUGAGGACUGGAAGGACAGUGACUUCCACUUAAGUUACAGCAACGAUGACUCCAGUCCUUGGGGAACCCCCCUGAUGAGCUCUCCUUCCACAAGUACAGCCUCCUUGCCUUUGAUGCAGCUAAAUGAGGAUGAUUCACUCCAACAGCGUUUGCUCUUCAAAAAAACCCUGCUGUCCAUCUGGAAGAUGGUGGCUGGCCACAGGUACAGUGGCCCUUUCUUGAAAGCUGUUUCCGAGAAGCAGGCUCCUGGUUACAAAGAUGUAGUAAAAAGGCCAGUGGAUCUCUCCUCCAUAAAGAGGAGCCUCUCCAAAGGUCAGAUUCAGAACAUGAUCCAGUUCCAGCGGGAUCUCAUGCUGAUGUUCCAGAAUGCAGUCAUGUACAAUAGUUCCAACCACCACAUUCACCGCAUUGCUGUGGAGAUGCAGCGAGAGGUCCUGGAGCAGCUCCAGAUGCUGGGUGAGGCACUCCUGUGUUCAGAAGAAACGCAAGACUUUCUGAGAUGGUGUUGAGAAGCCAUACAAGUAAAACAAAUCUGGAGUUGAAAAGCAAGAAUUCCUUCCUUCCAUGUGGCGCCUUACUCUGGGAAAACUUGAUAGUUCAGUAAAGUUUACCCCCCUUCCCUUCCUUAAGAUCCAUCGAGAUCUAAUAUUUGCCCCACUCUAUUUGUUGGCAAGCCCAUUUAUAUCUUGGACAUUCAUUAUAGUUCUGUCAGUGCUGACUCCUGGAAAAGCAUUUUCUUCUUAACUGAACUUUGAUGAAGAAGAAAUGAAGGGAAAGUGCAGCUCAUAGUAUCAAGCUAAAAGAGGCCUAUUGGCAUUUUAACCAGAGGUUUGGAGCCCUUUUGGGUAGUAGGUGACCACCAGAGGCUGAAGUAUGUAUAUUUUUCCCAGAAUAAAUGUUGUGUUGACUUAUAA